AUGGCUUCGGACUCUGCGGCCACGUCUCGCCGCUUGUGGUCAAAGUUGGAAGACGAGAGGCUUAUUUCCCUCGUACAUCGUUUCGGCGAUAAGCAAGGCAAGGACGGAAACUGGACUGAGAUCUCGAAGCAUCUUCCCGGACGAUCCAAUAAGGACUGCCGAAAACGCUGGUUUCACUCAUUGGAUCCGGCUUUACGAAAAGGUCGCUGGUCCAAAGAAGAGGAUGAGCUUUUGCUUGCGGCUCAUCAGCGCUUAGGCCCUGCUUGGAAAGAUAUCGCACUCCUUAUCGAGGGCCGGAAGGAUGAUCAGUGUGCAAAAAGAUACAAUGAUAUUCUGGACCCUUCGGCCAAAGACCGACUGAAGAAUUGGUCACCUGAAGAGGACCAGUACUUAGCUGCCAAAGUUCAGGAGCUCGGUCACAAAUGGGCUGCCAUAUCCGCUAGAUUACCAGGUCGCCCUCCUCUGACUUGUCGAAAUAGAUGGAGGAGGCUCUCGAAGGACCUGUUGAGGGUAUCAGAGCAAACACCUGGAGAAAUCCGGUCUCCCAUUAGGCCAGCAACUAUCCCAAGGUCAAAGUCAAUCAGUUUCCCCACCAACGUGCCAUACUCCAUGAACUCGGAUUUAUUAAGAGAUAAUCAAGAGUUCCCUAUCUCUGCUGCGGAUAUGUCUCUAUGUCCACCCGACAACCCACUCUUAUCUCCAAUGUAUGGCGUAGAUGAUAUGAGCAUCCACAGUGCGCCUGUGUAUGGAUUGGACAACAUCAGUAUCCAUAGUACACAAACAUCCAACGGGCCAGGGAUAUCACUGCCUGACUUUUCGUUUCCAUCCAAUCCUUAUCACGACCCGUCAUAUGAGUCCGCCCCGGAAGGUCCAUCAUUCGCCCUACCAGAUCGCAACUACGAGUCAGAGCCAAAUAUGUUAACGGAUGUCUACCAACCGCGAUCAAUCUCCCAUCAAAAUUUCAUGCAUGGUCAUCGUUAUCCUUGGGUACCCCACCCGAGCAACACUUUGAAUAACAUCGCUUCUCUCGAUCUCGCCAAUACACAGGUGCAGGCUCACCAUCUUCCAUUCGACAAUUCUUCUAUCAUUCCAGAGGUUGAUGAAGAGCCGGAGUCGGUUAUGGAACAGGCUGCUGUUCGUCAAGCUCUCUCAUCUCAGGAUCAAUCUCUAAGUACUGGCGAUUUAUUGUCUGAGGCGAAUAGAUCAGGAUCUGUGCAGCAGUACCAUCACCAUUUUCAUCACCAUUAUUACCAUCAUCAUUAUCAUCAUCACUAG